AGUGAAACGGCGAAAGUGAAGAUUUUCUAAGUCUGAGGAUUUGUGUGAGUUUCGUUUUGCGGUCAUCAGCGAUUUUUAUCUGAAAAAUUGCUAAUAUUUUGUAAAAUUUUAUAAAUUGUGAGUGUGAAAGAGCGUAGUGAGUUCACUUAAGAGUUUGAAUGAAAGUUUACGACAGAAGUUUCGGUGUCUGUUAAGAAAAAAUAUCGCCCAUAGGUUUGCUUUUACUUUCGCAUUUUUAAUUAAAUUCGAGGCGAGCGCUACAACGACGGCUGCUGCUACUUGGUAGGCUCUGGACCAGUGAAAAUAUACAUAUAUCUAAAAUACGGAAAUAGCACUGAUUUUUCCUCAACAACAAAAUUAAUCCCAACAUAAACGAUAGACGCAGACGAGAGCGCUGCUUUUAUUAUAAGGCAAUGGCGAUGCUGUCGACGGAGGAAGCCAGCAAAUUGUUGGACUUUUCUCAAAAGCUAGACAUCAGUUUACUUGACAAGAUCGUAGAGUGUUUGUACACCUCUCAGGGGGAGCAGUUGCGCCUAGCACAAGAUAUCCUUACAACGUUGCGUGAGCAUCCAGAUGCUUGGACUCGUGUCGACAGUAUUUUAGAGUUCUCUCAAAAUCAGCGUACCAAGUUCUAUGCACUGCAAAUUCUCGAAGAGGUUAUUAAAACUCGCUGGAAAAUUUUACCCCGUAAUCAAUGUGAAGGAAUCAAGAAAUAUGUUGUUGGGCUUAUCAUUAAAACAUCUUCAGACCCGGAAACAAUGGAGGCCAAUAAGGUGUAUUUGAACAAAUUAAAUUUAAUAUUGGUGCAAAUCUUAAAACGUGAAUGGCCACGUAAUUGGGAAACAUUUAUUAGUGACAUUGUAGGAGCGUCAAAGACUAAUGAAAGUCUUUGUAAGAAUAAUAUGGUUAUUUUGAAAAACCUUAGUGAAGAGGUUUUUGACUUUUCUGCUGGGCAAAUAACCCAGACGAAAGCAAAACAUUUAAAGGAUACCAUGUGCUCUGAAUUUUCCCAGAUUUUCCAACUUUGUUCAUUUGUUUUGGAAAGCUCUAUGAAUGCACCACUAAUCCAAGUUACUUUGGAGACAUUAUUACGAUUCUUGAGUUGGAUUCCACUGGGAUAUAUAUUUGAGACAGCGUUAAUCGAGACGCUUAUUUUUAAGUUUCUGAGUGUUCCCAUGUUCCGAAAUGUUACGCUGAUGUGCCUCUCUGAGAUUGCCGGUCUUACCAUGGACAAUUACAAUGAAAAUUUGACCAAAAUGUUCAAGGACACAAUGUUACAGUUGGAUCAAAUGAUUGGUCAGAAUCCCAAUAUGAGUCAUAUUUACGCUAAUGGCAGCAGCACUGAACAGGUAUUUGUUCAAAAUUUGGCAAUGUUCUUGUGCACAUUCCUCAAGGAGCAUGGAAAACUUGCGGAGGACGUCAAAUUAAUGGAGCAUUUAGAUCAGGCUCUCCAUUUCUUGGUAAUGAUAUCGGAAGUUGAAGAUGUUGAAGUUUUCAAGAUAUGUUUGGAGUACUGGAACAAUUUAGUCGAAGAUCUCUACAAUAGCGAAACCUUUGUUAGCACUACAGCGUAUCUAACUCAAACUGAUGCAGUAUCGUUGACCAAGCGUAAUGCUUUUCCUCGACGCCGCUACUACGCUAAUAUAUUAUCGAAAGUUCGUUACAUUAUGAUUUCAAGAAUGGCCAAACCAGAAGAAGUGCUGGUUGUCGAAAAUGAAAAUGGAGAAGUAGUACGCGAAUUCAUGAAGGAUACCAACGCCAUUAAUUUGUAUAAAAAUAUGCGUGAAACACUUGUGUUUUUAACACAUUUAGAUUAUGCCGACACGGAACGUAUAAUGACACUUAAGCUAAUGAACCAAGUUAAUGGAACUGAGUUCUCAUGGAAAAACCUUAAUACGCUUUGCUGGGCUAUUGGCUCAAUAUCAGGUGCUUUCUGCGAAGAAGACGAAAAACGUUUCCUUGUCACAGUUAUAAAGGAUUUACUCGGCUUGUGUGAACAAAAGAAAGGCAAGGAUAAUAAGGCUAUAAUCGCCUCGAAUAUAAUGUACGUUGUUGGGCAGUAUCCCCGUUUUCUACGUGCUCAUUGGAAAUUUCUUAAAACCGUGGUGAACAAACUAUUCGAAUUUAUGCAUGAAACUCAUGAUGGUGUACAGGAUAUGGCCUGCGAUACAUUCAUAAAGAUUGCCAUCAAGUGUAGACGCCACUUUGUGACCAUACAGCCCAAUGAGGCGUGUACCUUCAUCGACGAAAUACUAAGCACUAUGAGUAGCAUAAUUUGUGACUUACAGCCCCAACAGGUACAUACGUUCUAUGAAGCAGUUGGUUAUAUGAUAUCAGCACAGGUGGAUCAAGUGCAACAAGACGCCUUAAUUGAGAAAUAUAUGUUCUUGCCAAAUCAGGUUUGGGAUGAUAUUAUCUCACGUGCCUCUAAGAACGUAGAUUUUCUGAAAAAUAUGACAGCUGUUAAGCAGCUGGGUAGCAUUUUGAAGACGAAUGUAGCGGCUUGCAAGGCAUUGGGACAUGCCUACGUGAUUCAGUUGGGACGCAUAUAUUUGGAUAUGCUAAACGUUUAUAAAAUCACAUCUGAGAAUAUUAUUCAGGCGAUUGAGGUUAAUGGUGUCGUUGUAAAUAAUCAGCCGCUUAUAAAAGCCAUGAACGUUGUAAAGAAAGAAACUCUGACUCUAAUAUCGGAAUGGGUAUCGCGCUCUAAUGACAAUCAAUUAGUGAUGGAUAACUUUAUUCCCCCAUUACUCGAUGCUGUUUUGCUAGAUUACCAGCGUUGCAAAGUGCCGUCUGCCAGAGAACCAAAAGUGCUCAGUACAAUGGCCAUAAUUGUGCACAAACUACGUAAUUACAUCACAAACGAAGUACCAAAAAUAUUUGAUGCCGUCUUUGAGUGCACACUCGACAUGAUUAAUAAAAAUUUCGAAGAUUAUCCGCAGCAUCGCACUAGCUUUUACGAGCUCCUGCAAGCCGUCAACGCGCAUUGCUUCAAAGCAUUUCUCAAUAUUCCACCGGCACAAUUUAGGCUCGUAUUCGAUUCGGUUGUUUGGGCCUUUAAGCACACAAUGCGCAAUGUUGCUGACAUGGGCUUGAACAUUUUAUAUAAAAUGUUGCAGAACUUAGAACAGCACCCACAGGCAGCGCAAAGUUUCUAUCAGACAUAUUUUACUGAUAUUUUAAUGCAGAUAUUCUCCGUUGUCACUGAUACUUCGCACACAGCCGGCCUCGCUAAUCAUGCCACAAUAUUGGCAUAUAUGUUCUCGUUGGUAGAGAAUAACAAAAUAACCGUGAUUCUUGGCCCAAUACCGAACAAUACCAUUUUCGUACAAGAGUAUGUGGCUUCUUUGCUGAAAUCUGCUUUCAAUCACUUAACCGAUAACCAGAUAAAAGUCUUUGUUACUGGUCUUUUUAAUCUGGACGAAAAUGUGCAAGCAUUUAAAGAGCAUUUGAGAGAUUUCCUAAUUCAAAUUAGGGAAAUAACUGGCGAGGACGAUUCCGACUUAUUCUUAGAAGAGAGAGAGGCAGCACUACGGGAGGAGCAAGAUCAUAAGAUUAUAAUGAAGCGCAAUGUACCGGGCAUGAUGAAUCCGCACGAAUUGCCGGAAGAUAUGCAGGACGAGUAAAAAUAACACAACAACAUCAACAGUUGAAAGAAGUUAUGAGUGAAGAGCGAAUGUUUUGAUUUACGUGAAAAAGAAACGAAGUGAAAACAACACAAACAAUUAUUAUUCAAAUACAUCUUUUUAUAAUUAAUACCCGUAUGAGAAUAUUGAAUAAUUCUAAAGUUAUGUUUGAAAUGAAUAUUUGUCGUCGAAGUAUGAAUGUUUAAAAAAUCCAACAUCAUAAAUCUAUAUAAAUAUUAUUAGACUAUUUAAUAUAACCAACAAAGCGAAUGAUUGCGUUUCUUUAUUAAAUUUAGAAAUAGUUUGUACAUUAAAGAAAAAAAAUGAAUGAGAAGCAAAUGCAAACUACAUAAAAGAAAAUGGGCAAAAAGCGUUAAUUGUUAUAUUAAUCACAAAUGAUUGUACGAGUAUGUGAGUGAAAAUGAAUUAUGCCAACAAAUAUAUAAAACAGAUGCAGACAAAGGGUUUUGAAGUAGGUGUUUGGUACUGUAAUUUGUUGGUACAGCAUGGUAUGCUACAAAUAAAAUCAAACUUAACGAAAAAUUGUGAAAAUUAUGCGUUAUGAAACAUAUUCAUUUGCAUAGAGAGUGAUGAGAUGACAUAAAUACAAUAGUAAAAAUACGAAUGCUGCUAUUUUACCAUUUGAACUAAGCAAUUAUAGAACGGAAUAAACCUUUGAAAUUAAUUUCACAACUUAAACUGAAUAUUCUUAUCAUUAUUUGUUUUAUUUAUGUUUAAUUUAUAUUAAAGCCUACAUAUCUUUUGCGUUUUAUAUUAGAACCGGGCGAGCUCAAUACUUGCCUGGAAUAAAUAAAAAUGGUGUUAACCGAGUGACGGCAAA